AUCUUUUCUGGAUUCAGUUUUGCUUGGUGAAGUGGCCUGGUGUCUGUCGGUUCCCCACUCCCUCUCUCAGGGUGGAUGAGGCCCUGUCAACCCUGUUUGUAGCCUGGAAUGGCUGUGGGGGGAAGACUUUUGAAUUUAAUCCUUGAGGUUGUGUAGUUGAUGGCAAGACUAUAUCUUGGCCAAUCUUUGGGGAUUCUAGAACUCAGAGGGUCUCCCAGCCCCUCCCAGCCAGAGCUCUCAGCCAAGCUGCAGAAAUCAUCUGGAGAGAUCUGUGUGUUUGUGGGCAGUGAUCCAAACCAAGAUCUCAUUUAACAGUGCCUGGUGAUUUGGGCAACCAGCUGGAGGCGAAGCUGGACAAGCCGACAGUCGUUCACUACCUCUGCUCCAAGAAGACAGACAGCUACUUCACACUCUGGCUGAACCUUGAAAUGCUGCUGCCUGUCAUCAUUGACUGCUGGAUUGACAAUAUCAGGCUGAUCUACAAUGGAACGUCUCGGGCCACCCAGUUCCCUGAUGGUGUGGAUGUACGUGUCCCUGGCUUCGGGCAGACCUUCUCACUGGAGUUUCUGGACCCCAGCAAAAGUAGUGUGGGUUCCUAUUUCCACACCAUGGUAGAGAACCUUGUGGGGUGGGGCUACACACGGGGUGAGGAUGUCCGGGGGGCUCCCUAUGACUGGCGCCGAGCCCCAAAUGAAAAUGGGCCCUACUUCCUGGCCCUUCGCAAGAUGAUCGAGGAGAUGUACCAGCUGUACGGGGGCCCUGUGGUGCUGGUUGCCCACAGCAUGGGCAACAUGUACACACUCUACUUUCUGCAGCAGCAGCCACAGGCCUGGAAGGACAAGUAUAUCCAUGCCUUCGUGGCACUGGGUGCACCUUGGGGGGGCGUGGCCAAGACCUUGCGCGUCCUGGCCUCAGGAGACAACAACCGGAUCCCGGUGAUUGAGUCACUGAAGAUCCGGGAGCAGCAGCGAUCUGCCGUCUCCACCAGCUGGAUGUUGCCCUACAACCAUACCUGGUCACCUGAGAAGGUAUUUGUGCGCACACCCACAACCAACUACACACUGCGGGACUAUCACCAGUUCUUCCAGGACAUUGGCUUUGAGGAUGGCUGGCUCAUGCGGCAGGACACGGAGGGGCUGGUUGAUGCCAUGGUUCCGCCUGGUGUGCGACUGCACUGCCUGUAUGGCACUGGGGUCCCCACGCCAGACUCCUUCUACUAUGAGAGCUUCCCCGACCGUGACCCUAAAAUCUACUUUGGCAACGGUGAUGGCACUGUGAACCUGCAGAGCGUGCUGCAGUGCCAGGCCUGGCACGGCCGCCAGGAACAGCAAGUGUCGUUGCUGGCACUGCCAGGCAGCGAGCACAUCGAGAUGCUGGUCAACACCACCACCCUGGCGUACCUGAAACGUGUGCUUCUUGGGCCCUGAUUCUGGUGCCAGGCAGGACUUCUGGGUGACUUGGUCACAGCCGCUUCUCUUGGCCUCUGGGGCUGUUGUGGCCCACGGGUUUGUGACCAACCAUCCAAGGCCCUGGGUUUUGCAAUGUGAAGUGUUGCUUUUUAUCCUCCUUGUGUGGGAGUGAAGGAGGAAGAAGUCAAGCCUGAACUCAAGGAACCUUUGAUAAAAAGAAUACUGCUGCUAGUGGAAUUGGUGUGGCUUCAGGACUGCCUCUGCAAGGUGGAUUGGCUGGCACCUGGUCCCAGUCCCCAACUCCAGGGCCAUGUGUUCCUCCUGCCCCUAUGGCCUAAUCACACUCGCCUACCAUGCCCUGGCACCUCAGCUUUCUUGUGAGGGGUGUUACUAAGCUGUGGUCCCUGACCCCAAGAGCCCAGGGAGGGGCUUCUAGCCCUUAAGGUGACACUUCCCACAUACUGGCCAUAGCCCCAGGCCCAUGUGGGCCUGCUACUGGCCAUAGGUGGCUGGAACUGCUGGCCCUUGUGGCCUAGCUCCUUGGCAGUCUGUUUGUGGCUUCUUGGGGGCAGCCCAUUUCUCCUGCAGGCUGAGGCAGAUUGUUGUGUUCUCCAUGGUACCAGGCCCUUGGGCAUUCAUUUCAACCUCCCUCACCUCCAGAAGCAGCCUAGCCAGGCCUGACUGGUGGGCUUAGGAUGGGGCAACAGAUGGUCCCCCAGUUCUGGGGACUGUGUCCCAGGGCGCCUGAUCCUCUCAGUUGGGCUGUUGGCCACAGUACUGAUGCUGACUCUCUUUGCCCUGAAACUGUGGUCCAGGUAUGAGAGCAGGGCCCAGUGCCAUGACCUUCUAGGUGCUUGUGGAGAAAGGGAGCUUAGGGAAGCAGCCAAGGCUGCCUAGAGCUUUCUUGAACUGCCCUUCCACUAACCCACCACCACACUGCCACCUGCCUUAGGGCUCUCCAGUAGCCAAAUGAGCUGGCCCAGGGUGAGAGGAGGUGGGGCUCCUGCCUGUCCUGCUGAGCACUGGCCAUCACCAGGCAACUGCAUGGUGUUCAGUCUGCAGGGACUAGCCCAGAAACUUGAGUAGGUUGAUAGGUUGCCCCUUUGACAGCCAGGUGCCUUGGGGGCUCUCCUGGGGGUUUUCUCUCUGCUCCAGAGGUGCUACAUGAGCCUCCCCAUGAUAGGAGGGAUGGAGGAUCUGGGCAUGCCCUGGUGGCAAAGGGCUCCAAGUGGAUGACUGGCUAUAGGCCGAGACUUGGGUCCAGCUUCUAGAGUGGGGCCCCCAGGCCACAUUCAGGGACUGUCAGGCUGGACUGUGCUGAUUUCCCACAAGGUUUCUGUGGAGCUGGAUUUUCUCUGUUGCAUACACCCCCAACAUCUGUCUCUCCCUUUGUUCCUGAGUGGUGGGCCCUGGAUGGGGCUCUGAGCAGCUGUAUCUC